ACAAGCUGAUGCUGUUCGAGUUCCCUCAGCCACUUCCUGUCUGCGGGGACAUCAAGGUGGAGUUCUUCCACAAGCAGAACAAGAUGAUGAAGAAGGAGAAGAUGUUCCACUUCUGGGUCAACACCUUCUUCAUCCCGGGCCCGGACGAGGACCUGGACCACCUGGAGAACGGCAGGGACCAGAACCCCCCGGGGCUGGUGAUGAUGAUGAUGAUGGCGGGGGAGACCACCGACAGGGACUACCUGGUCCUCACGCUGACCAAGACCCACCUGGACAAGGCCAACAAAGACAAGGCCAACAGGAACUUCUCCCCCAACUUCAAGGUGAAGCUGUAUUUCUCCAAGACGGUGGAGGAAGCAGCGAACUCUGACGCCAGCAGCACGUCGUUGUCGGUGACGCCGGACGUCAGCGACAACGAGCCGGACCACUACCGCUACUCCGACACCACGGACUCCGACCCGGAGAACGAGCCGUUCGAAGACGACCACCAGAACCAGAUCACUAAAGUCUGACCCAGACGGACACACGCAUACACCGAUGUAUAUAUUCAGUCUGUUGACUCAUGAACCCCAGACUGAGACCGGCUCCGCUAGCUAACGGGGACUAUAACCAGACUGAGACCGGCUCCGCUAGCUAACGGGGACUAUAACCAGACUGAGACCGGCUCCGCUAGCUAACGGGGACUAUAACCAACGGGCCUGAGGGUCUCAAAGAGCUCAGGUCGGUGUAUAAGACCCCCAUCCACCAAGAUCUUCUGCUGGAUGCACAGCUGGACAAUCACAUGACUCGGCGGUGAGUAGGGCGGGGCCAUAUGUGUGGGCGGGGCCAGAUGUGUGGGCGGGGCCAAAGGCAAAUGGACAAUGAGCCGGAUUGAGUGGACGGACUGGAGACUAAAAUACACCGAGGAGUCGAACCUGAAUAUGAACUAGGAGACGAGGAGACGAGGAGUCGUCGUAACCCGAGUCCUCCACCCUUCAUCUCCACCCUUCACGCGUCUCUUCUCUCUGUGCCGCCAUCUUUUUAUUCAAAAGUUUUAGGAAUAAAACAACUUCAUCAUCAGGA